CCUCCGCCCGCCGGACCUCCGCGCGCUCCCGCCACCCACCGGACCGGCCGUCCGGGCGCAGGGUCGCGCGUGUACGUCGGCAACCUCUCGUGGCACACGUCGUGGCAGUCGCUCAAGGACCACUUCCGGCAGGCGGGCGAGGUGGUGCACGCGGACGUGAUGCAGCACGACGGCCGCUCCAAGGGCUGCGGCAUCGUCGCCUUCGCCACGGCGCAGGAGGCGGCCAACGCGAUUGCGACGCUCGGCGAGACGGAGCUGGACGGCCGCACCAUCUUCGUGCGCGAGGACCGGGAGGAGGCGGCGCCG